GCCCAUGCGCCGUGGCCGCGGCGAUUCUGUGUGACGUCACGAGGCCGGCCGUGACGCGCCGGCGGCGCUGGGAGCGGGCCGGGACCGCGCUCGCCGCCCGCCCCUCGCACUACGGGUCGCGGCUGGGGCCGCCCCGGUGGCGGGGACGCGGCCGCCCCCGGCCCCGCCCUCGCCCCGCCGCUCCGGCCCAAGAUGGCGGCGCUGAGCAGCGGCGGCAGCGCCGAGGGGGCCUCGCUCUUCAACGGGGACAUGGAGCCCGAGCCGCCCGCGCUCGGCGCCGGCUACGCGGGGGGCGGCAGCGGGGACCCGGCCAUCCCGGAGGAGGUGUGGAACAUCAAACAGAUGAUUAAAUUGACACAAGAACAUAUAGAAGCACUGCUAGACAAAUUUGGAGGAGAGCAUAACCCACCUUCAAUAUAUUUAGAGGCCUAUGAAGAGUACACCAGCAAGCUUGAUGCUCUACAGCAGAGAGAACAGCAGUUACUGGAAUCCAUGGGGAAUGGAACUGAUUUCUCUGUCUCCAGUUCAGCUUCAACAGACACAGUUGCAUCAUCUUCCUCCUCUAGCCUCUCUGUAGCACCUUCAUCCCUUUCAGUUUAUCAAAACCCUGCUGAUAUGUCACGGAAUAACCCUAAGUCUCCACAGAAGCCCAUUGUUAGAGUCUUCCUGCCCAACAAGCAAAGGACUGUGGUUCCAGCAAGAUGUGGAGUGACAGUCCGAGACAGCCUAAAAAAAGCGCUGAUGAUGAGAGGUCUUAUUCCAGAAUGCUGUGCUGUUUACAGAAUACAAGAUGGAGAGAAGAAGCCAAUUGGCUGGGACACAGACAUUUCCUGGCUCACAGGAGAGGAGUUGCAUGUGGAAGUUUUGGAGAAUGUGCCACUCACGACACACAAUUUCGUACGAAAAACGUUCUUCACAUUAGCGUUCUGCGAUUUCUGUCGGAAGCUGCUUUUCCAGGGGUUCCGCUGCCAGACUUGUGGCUAUAAAUUUCACCAGCGCUGUAGUACAGAAGUGCCACUGAUGUGUGUUAAUUAUGACCAACUUGAUUUGCUGUUUGUCUCCAAGUUCUUUGAACAUCACCCCAUACCACCAGAGGAGGCCUCCUUAGGAGAGACCACCCCAGCAUCUGGAUCAUACCCUUCAGUGCCCCCCUCAGAUUCUGUUGGACCACCAAUUCUCCCUAGUCCUUCUCCUUCAAAAUCCAUUCCAAUCCCACAGCCCCUCCGACCAGCAGAUGAAGACCAUCGGAAUCAAUUUGGGCAACGCGACCGAUCCUCCUCAGCUCCCAACGUCCACAUCAAUACAAUCGAGCCAGUCAAUAUUGAUGACUUGAUUAGAGACCAGAGUUUACGAGGAGAGGGAGGCUCAGCUGCAGGCUUGUCUGCAACACCUCCUGCUUCUUUGCCUGGGUCACUAACCAAUGUGAAAGCAUUACAGAAAUCACCAGGACCCCCGGAAAGGAAAUCAUCCUCAUCCUCAGAAGACAGAAAUCGAAUGAAAACUCUUGGUCGACGGGAUUCAAGUGAUGAUUGGGAGAUACCAGAUGGACAGAUCACAGUUGGACAAAGGAUAGGAUCUGGAUCAUUUGGAACAGUCUACAAAGGAAAGUGGCAUGGUGAUGUGGCAGUGAAAAUGUUGAAUGUUACGGCACCUACACCUCAACAGUUACAGGCUUUCAAAAACGAAGUAGGAGUGCUCAGGAAAACACGACAUGUGAAUAUCCUGCUUUUCAUGGGUUAUUCAACAAAACCCCAGUUGGCUAUUGUUACACAAUGGUGUGAAGGGUCCAGUUUGUAUCACCAUCUACACAUCAUUGAGACCAAAUUUGAAAUGAUCAAGCUAAUUGAUAUUGCACGACAGACUGCACAAGGCAUGGAUUAUUUGCAUGCCAAGUCAAUCAUCCACAGAGACCUCAAGAGUAAUAAUAUUUUUCUUCAUGAAGACCUCACAGUAAAAAUAGGUGAUUUUGGUCUAGCUACAGUGAAAUCACGGUGGAGUGGAUCCCAACAGUUUGAACAGUUGUCUGGUUCCAUUCUAUGGAUGGCACCAGAAGUUAUUAGGAUGCAAGAUAAAAACCCAUAUAGUUUUCAGUCGGAUGUGUAUGCAUUUGGGAUUGUUCUCUAUGAAUUGAUGACUGGACAGUUGCCAUACUCCAACAUCAACAACAGGGACCAGAUAAUUUUCAUGGUGGGACGAGGAUACCUAUCUCCAGACCUCAGCAAAGUGCGGAGCAACUGUCCCAAAGCUAUGAAGAGACUAAUGGCAGAAUGCUUAAAAAAGAAAAGAGAUGAGAGACCCCUUUUUCCACAGAUCCUUGCCUCCAUUGAGCUCCUGGCCCGGUCAUUGCCAAAAAUUCACCGCAGUGCAUCUGAGCCCUCGUUGAACCGGGCUGGCUUCCAGACAGAGGAUUUUAGUCUAUAUGCUUGUGCUUCUCCAAAAACACCCAUCCAGGCAGGGGGAUACGGAGAAUUUGCAGCGUUCAAGUAGCCACAGCACCAUGGCAGCACCCACUCUGUUAUUUAAGUCUUGUGUUCCUACAGUUUCUUAACAUCAAAACUCCAUUCUGCUCCGCAAAACCUAAAGUAAUUUAGAAAAGAUAUCCAUAAGCUUAAAAGUGGAGCAGAAUGGAACCACCAGUCCAACACAAUGGGAAAAAGUACCUUUUUGGGAACCAGAGUCCUCUGCUGCCAGUGUUUCUCCUUCAACACGAGCCACCACGUGCAUUCGGAGACCUGCGGUGGCUGCCUGUGCCGUUGGCAUCAUUCCCAGGAGAGGAGAGGGCGCUCGUGGUGUGACUGUGGUGCUCGGGCGCGGGGACGGAGCUGCUGCUGCUGCUGCUGAACUUAGGAGCCUUGCUUGGAGGGUCUGCCGGCCGCCUUGCUCCCUCUUAACACCGUCAGAGCCUCAACGUCUGAUGAGUGCUCAUUUCAAUGAAUCAUUUUCCAUUCUGAUCCUUUUUUUUUUCCUGGUGUACUUACCGAUUUUUGGACAAGGCAGUAUCCCCUUUUCGCUGUAUUACAGUGUCAAACGCCUCAGUCUGUCUAUAUUGCUGGGGUUUAUUCCUUUGAAAUUAAAAGUGUGGGACAGUGGGAGCUGGAGAUGUUAUUCUGGAGGCAAGGAGGCUCAUCUGAAGGAAAAGGGGAUGCUGCCACACCUUUUAUUCAAAUUUACUUUACCACUUCUUAAAAAGAACGAACAACCACCAUCCUUAACCUUUUUCCUUUUCCAGUAUUUUCUUGGUGUGUGCAUAUACAACAUCUUCUUGAAGGAUUAGGACGAUCCUUCUUUUGUUGGUCCAGCAACAAACUGAAGUUUGAAAAAAAUGUAGCGAGAUUGUCCUCUGUUUUUUUUUUUUUUUUUUUUUUUGUAUCAUAUGAUACAAUGUAUUUAUCAAAGAUGCUACUGCAGCAUCUAAAGUCUGUAGAAGUCCUGAUACAGACUGUGAAUGGUGUAUGUACCUACUUUAAAAGUUUUAUUUUAAACGAGGGUGCAGGUUAAUGCCAGGUACCUUACCAAUAUGUAAUGUUUUCAUAAAUGAGGAAAAAAGUUCUCAGGUUGAAUUGAAUUCAAAUACAAUCCCCCCCUAGAAUUAGACAUUCCAAAAAUUAUGUUUUGGUACUUUCAAGAGCUUUUUUUAAAGGAUUUUUAUCCUAUUAACUAAACGUCCUCUGAUAAGUGUGAGUGUAAAUGUGGAGCAUCUUGUCCUAAUGGCAAGUUGUUAGAUCAAAACAAAACGGUACUUGCUGGAUCCACGCUGACUACUCCUCCUCUCAUCGCUUUCCUCCCUGUCAUCGCUUCCCUUCUGCUUGUCUUUCCCCUCUGUACACUUUGCAAACUAGGACGAAGGUGGCGGUGUCUCCAUUAGAGUGCUUUGUUUUCCUGUCCUCCAGUCCUGGUUUUCAAAUGGUUAGUAGCUUUUUGAAGUUACCCAGUCAGGGAAAACAACAACUCAUAGAGUUCUGCACGUCAUUUACCUCUAGUAGAAUAUCUUAUGAUGUGAUCUGCUUCCAGAGUUCUCUGGUAUGUGGUAUUACCUGUAAAUUAUUUGUACAGAGGCAAGGCAGACCACAUUGGAAAGAAACUCAAGCUCAGACAGAAGUUUCCAGAAUUUGAUUCAUAUCAGCUCUGUACCACUCCAGGUGAGGCAGGAGAACUGACCCCCUUCUAGCAGAGAGGUUCUUGCUGGGAGGAGGUGGGGAGUGUUUAACAAAAUCAUGACAAAUAAAUGAAGGAGUUAAAUGUGUGUGAAUGUGGUGUCCAUGCUAAACGUGGGUGUACCGAGUGAGGGUGCUGUCCUUCCCUCCCCAGGGAAAGGGGACUGUUCCUGUCUGCAGAAGGUUGCUCCCAGAUGAAGGGAGAAAAGCACAUCAGAAGUAGAAAGUGUUUUUAAUACCCUGGAAUUUUGCAGUGUUGCUGGUAGUCUGUUACCUUUGUCAGUAAAUAUUUACUGGGGCUAUAGGGACCUGACUGAUCUGAAGUGGGAAUUAAAACUGAAAUACUGUGUAUUCAUAUUAAUUCCACAAACAUUAGCAAGAUAGCAAUAGUGAAUGACUAAUAGUCAUUACAAGAAUGAAGUGAUUCAUGUUGGUACAUGAACAGAAUUGAUUUUGUGUACAGGACACAUUUUAAAAACGAAGGAGAAAAAAAAAGCACAAAUUUUUUCUUGUCUGCUGUGGGUCUUCAGAUGCUGUAGGGUUUUUACCUUAAUGAGGUUGGCAGGAAUUUAAAAAGUAGCAAUAGCCACUUUCCAGUAUAGCCACUUUCCAGUGUGGAGAAGCUGAUGCAGAGCAGUGGUAGCAGAUGGUGCAGUCGGGGUGCUCCCUGGUGAUUAUCUGAGGCCAGUACCUGAGAGGUGGAGGGAGCCUGGGGCCACUGGUGCCAGCAGGCAGGUGAGAGCAUUUACCAGAUACAGGCUCCCAGGGGGAAAGGAGUCCCUGCUUCUCCUUUCACCCCGUGCUUGGCUCCAGCCCCUUGAUGGGCUGUGGCCCCAUUUGUACAUGUCAGGGAUACUGAGGUCAAGGUUCUCUUAAAAGAAGCUGUUAACAGAGCAAGUAUGGACGGGUGGUUCAACACUCAUUUGUUUCACAGAUCAUGUUAAAAGCUCUUGUUUCCUUCCACAGUCAUGCUGGCAGAAAAUUCUCUGUUAGGAACUUCAUUCUAUCUUUGCUUAAAAUGAACUUAUUUGGUGAAGAUCAUUACCCAUUAGUCUACAAUAUGCUUCUUGAGCCCAUAGGAAAAGCACAAGGAAAAUUGCUAUCCUUGUCCAUGCAAAGCACUUUAUAAGUAACACAUGAUCUCUGGGGGGUUUUUAUUGUGGUUUGUUUGUUUGUAGUUUUGUUUUUCUUUUUUUGUUUCUGGUUUUAUUUUUUUCCCUGAGGAAUGUGCAAGUUGUUUGGCUGCUGUUUAGAGAAGUCCUUUCAGGAUGCAUUUCUACUGGUUUUCUCGUUUGUUUGUUUCCCUCCAGAUAGCUGUAGUAAUGUGUGUUUGUCUGUAAGAGUUCCCAGGUAAUGCUCAUGCAAAACUUUGAAAGAAAUGUAGUUUGUAAAUAAUUGGGAUCAUUUUUGGUUUUAUCUUUUCCUUCAGGAGUUUUUCUGGAUGUCUUGCAUGCCAUCAGAACCAGUCUUAAAGAUGCCCUUUAGAUAUUUAGUGAAUGGGGAAUCAAGACUAGAUGAGAAAUGAGUGCUCUCUGUAGCAGUGGGAUGAAGGAAGUAAACUGAAAUGACCAACACAUUCAUACCUGUUACCCUAAAUUCCCUAAGCUCCUUCAUGGUGUCCCAACGACAGGCACAUGCCAUAGUAUGGAAAUGUGACUACAUCCUUCAUGUGCACAUGGUGGGACAAGCACCUAGAGUUAUUCUGCUUCUUUUAGCUCUGUAGUAUUUUGUAUUUCCUAAUCAUUUGCAAAAGUACCAGUAUCCAGUCCCAGCUAUUCAUGUCUUCAUCAACCAGGCACAGACCUUCCCCUCUGCCUUUCCUUUUCCAUACAAGUGACAGAGGCCUGUUACUUGUUACACCUUCCUGCUCAGAGUGUGAUUAUUUCACCUGGCAUAUUUGCCAGAACUGCAACAUUGUGGUGAUGUUCAAACUGAAUGGCAGGGAUAUAGAGGCCAGGUUAUUUUGAAAGUAAUCGCUGUGUCAGUUAAGCCCUACAUAGCCCCAGAUACAAUUAGCCAUGAAUCCACUUCUGCUUUUUAUGCUUACCCAAAAUCAUCCUUUCUUGUACUUGACUGCUCUAGGAGCUGAUGAUGAUGCAGAAUGCUUGAGAACAAAUACUGUCAUAUUACCAUGGUGUCUUAGCAUCACUUGGAUUAGUAUGUGCUCCUUAGAAGCAGAAUUUGGCCUUUGUGGCAUAAAAUAAGUGAAAUUCUCAUUGUUGAUAAAUACCAUGUCUUUCCAUAAAUGCCCAAACUGGGGGAGAAGUACCCUGAAGAUGAUGCAUAAAUAGUCUUUCUUCUGUGUUUGCCUGGUGUUGUAGAUGCGUCCAGCAUUUUACAGAAGGCUGAGGGAAGCCAGAUCCCCAGACACCUCACAAACAACUAUGGAUUAAAGCUUUGAUAUCUGCAGGGACUAGGGAAGAAGCAUGUAGACAUUUCACACUUCUGCAGCCUCUAGAAUUCAUUCCCUUCUUGACUGUGAGUGCAGCAUUUGUAGCACAGACUCUUCAUAGUACUGUAGACGUCCUCUGUUGAUAAAAGGUGUCACCAGUAGCACAGUGGGACAGGCAAAGCCUCUAGGUACAGUCAAGUUAAAAAGUAGCUGCAUGAGUGGACUCUUAGAGCAUCAGUCUGAAAAUGCUGAGGGUUCUGGUUUUCUGUGAUGCAUUUUUCAUAGAAGUUUAUGAAACAAACUUUGUUUACUGCAGCCUUGUUACUGUGCAUUUGCACUUGGUGUUUGUUUUGGCAUGCAUUUGAAAGACCUGUCUUCACUGCUUCGUUACUUCAUACCAACUUCAUACCCACCAUAUGAAGUUUAGCCAAGGCAAGUACUGGAUUCUGCACCUGGGGUGGAUCCCCUUGGUUGUUUGUAUAGGCCAGGGGAUGAGAGGCUGGAGAGCACAAAGGGACCUGGGGGUCCUGGUCAUGGCAAGCUGAACACGACCCAGCAGUGCCCUGGAAGCCAGGAGGGCCAACCCUGUCCUUGGGGCACAGGCCCAGCAUGGCCAGCCAGGCAAGGGAGGGGAUUGUCCUGCUCUGCUCUGGACCGGCCUCACCUCGAGGGCUGGGGCACUUUUGGGUGCCACAGUGUAAGAAAGACUAUUACUGUUAGACUAUUACUAAUGAACUAUUAGAGAGUGUCCAGAGAAGGGCCAUGAGGAUGGUGGAGGGGAAGCUGUAUGAGGAGCAACUGAGGAGGGGCAGGCACUGAGCUCUUUUCUUUGGUGACCAAUGACAGGAUCCAAGGGAAUGGCCUGAAGUUGCAUCAGGGGAUGUUUAGGUUGGAUAUCAGGAAAAGGUUCUUCAUCCAGGGGGUGGUCAGACACUGGAACAGGCUGCUCAGGGCAGUGGUCACAGCACCAUGCCUGACAAAGUUCAAGAAGCAUUUGGACAAUGUUCUCUGGCACAUGGGGGAAUUCUUGGGCCAGGAGUUGGACUUUGAUGGCCCUUGUGGGUCCCUUCCAACUCAGCAUAUUCUGUGAUGCUGUCAUUCUUACUUAAUAAAUUAUUGGAAGAGCAGAGCCAGAUUGUUAAAAUGAAAAGGUUUGCAUGUAAGUUUCAAGGAUGCUAACACAGAAGCUACUAAGUCAGCACCAUGACAGCAGUAACUAUGAACCUGUGGAAGGAGGAAGCUUUAAAAGUUGCAGAAUACAGACUACACCAAGAGUGAAUUCAGAUGCAAACUAACUUCUCUCUUUUGUUUAGAAAAGAGAGCUACCAAGACCCUCUGUUCAAUGGUUUACAUAGGGAUCCCCCAAAACAAUUUUUUGUAGUUUGCCAAAUGAUCACGUGCCUUUGCAACUUUAAAAAGUACAACAGAAUGUAAACCAGGUGCUUUGUAACUAGAGCAGUGUCUUUGGUUUACAUCUGCUGCAGUAGUUUUGUAUAUAGCUAUCCCUGUAUGUAGGUAGUUUGGAGUCAAUCAACUCCUGUAAAGGAGCAGGGAAGGCAGAGAACAUUCCCCAAAAUACCUGUUAGCAUUUCAAAGCUAAGAAUUGAAGGAUACAGAAUUUAGUUAUAGUAAACCUGCUGCUUGAAAUCUGCUCUAUCAACAGGUAAUGAGCUUCAUUUAACUUAAAAACAAGUAAGCCCUCCUUCCCUUCCAAAGACACAGAGAUCUUGUUAAGGAAAGCUCCGAAGAGGCCCAAAGCUACACUCUUACAGCAUCUUGGAAUGAGAUGGUAGGUGGAGAAUGAGAGCUAGAUGAGGAGAAACUGGUGGUUAGCAUUCAUGUAAUCAAGGUUCACAUGUAUCAGACCAUACAGUUAGUCCCUUGUCCCAGAAAAUGCAGUAAGUUUUGUUUCUGGAAUGUCAGCAGCUUUCCUCACUGCUUCCCUGGGCCUUUUGCAGUUGCUGUUCAGUGAUCACAUCCCGUUAUUGCACAUGAACUGUGGGAGAUGGUAGGUGUCUUGUCAGCUGAGGGACAACCAGUAGGUGUGAAUUUGAUUUGUUCAAAUUUCAAACUGGUUACUUAGACUUCUGGCAGUACCUACAUAUCAGUGUCAUAUUUAACCUACUUGUCCAUGAAGGACAAAAUAAUGGGUUUAGAUACUAAUGCUUUUUCAGGUCUUUUCCUUUUUUUCCUUGGGGCAGGACUUUUGGCGUAAUUGUAACUUACAAAGUUAUGUCUAAAUGCACAGUUCAUAUGAGAUAUCAGACCAAUUUUAAUUUGGUUUUGUUCCUUUUAGAAAACAAAGCAUAAAAAUGUUCUGCUUAUGUUCCAGGAACUAUCUGGGAUCCUUCUUCCUACCCCAAAUUCUGCACUAAAAGUACAUGUGAUGGUUAUUUUGUCUCUCUCCUUUUUAUCUUUUUUUUUUUUUUUUGGGGGGGGGGGGCAGGGAGGUGUUGUUUAGGUUUGGAGUGGAGGAGGGUUGUGGUUUUUUGGGUUUUUCUUUUGUUUUGUUUUUGUUUAGGAACUUCUAAACUACCUAGUAUUUGCUUCAUAGCAUCCAGCAGCAGUGUGUUCAGCUCACCCAGCCUCCUCAAGAGCCAACAGUGGCCUGUCGAGUCAUUCUGUCUAGUUUGUCAUGUUUGCAGCAGCUGUACUUUAGAAUAAGCCUAGUGUGAUAUUUACUUUUGAGCAGGUAAACCAGAAAAAUAACUUAGUUUUCUUUUUUUGUUGUUGUUUAUUUGGGUUUGGAAGAGGUCAGGUUUUGUUUUGGUAAGUGUCAUUCUGUGUUGCAUUUGUGUAUUCACCCUCGUUGAAGAGAAAAUCCAUCUGUGUGUUUGAGAGUUCAGUGGAAUAUUAGGAGAAGAAAUGAAGCCCAUUAUCUGGGCAUGGAUGUUGGAUCUAGGGGAAAAAUGGACCAAACUUGGGUGUUGGGUUAUUUGGGGAUGGUGGGGGGUUGUGAGGGCAUAAUUUAAAUUAACUCUGUCUAAAAUAAAGUGUAAGUGCAAUAAAUGUGCUUUUUUAUUCAAAGCUGUGAACCUUUAGGAAAAAAAAAAAACACAAAAAAAGUCAACCAAAAAAAAAGGCACAUCAUUCUUUCAUGAGCCUUGUGUCCUACCUGCCUCUCCUUCCUCCCCCUCUCCACACUUCUCAAUUGACAGAAACCUGACAGUGGCCAACUUGCAUGUGUUGGCAGCCCAAAUUAACAUUGCUGUUCUGAUCUCAUUGAUGGGAUUGGGGAAAAUCCUGCCCCCUACUUCUCUUCCACUCUUGAAAUGCUCCAGUACUGCCCUGUGCCUCUAGAGCAGGGUCUUCCACUACCAGGGGUGCAUGAGCCAGCCCAUCUGCUCUGUGCUCAGCCUGACUCCAAGUGCAGAGCUCCUCCUGGCCCUCCAUUCUCCAGGUGGAACCCUCCUCCCCCCUCCCUGUGGGUGUCGUGAAGGCUCUCCUGAGCUGGGCAGUGACUUUGUUCUCCAGCAAUUGCAAAAGGACUCAGCCAUCAGCUGCCUGAUGGGAUUCCCUUUCCCUGCCCCAACACACACAUGCAGGCUGGCCACUGUUGCCUUGUGACUCUGCCUUGUUUAGCAGGAGCAGGUGUAGGUGUGUGUAAGCUGUUGUGCAUUACUUGCACUGUCUCUUUCUUACUUCAGCACAGGCUGUUUUUCCUAGAUCAGGAAAGGGGCACAGGUCUCCCAGGCUUCCCAGGAGAGCGCCAUACAUUGAGCAGUGAUGGAAGGGGUAGCACUCACUGGUUGGACCCUCUGGGGGAGUAAGAGAGAACUGGCUUGUUUAAAGUUUAUAGAUACCCAGAUCUAUAUCCUUUAAACUUUAUUAUUUUUAUAUAUAGUCAAGACAAUGCCAUUACCUCAUAAUACAGAGGCUUGUUUAUGAGAGGCAAAGUACAUAGUAAGGAGAGGAAAGGGAAAUUUAUAUACAGAUUUGAUUUCUUUUGUUUAUUUGUUCCUUAGUGCAAUGAAAUGUAUGUCCCACCACUUUAUACUCUGUGCUAACACAUUCCUUUCAGCUGUAUUUUUUUUUUUGACCACCAGAGGUUUGCAAGGGGCUUAUGACUACAAAGUAGAAGGUCCAGUCUGGUUACUUAAAAAAAAAAAAAACCAACCCAUUGUGUUAGUAGAUUUCCAUAGCUGCUUUUUAAAAUCUACAAUGGAGUAAUUGUUUCAAAACUUGUAUUUAUUUUUUAAUUCAUAACAAAAUGUUUCUUUUUGUUUUCCUGUUAGGUAGGUCAUGGCAACUCCCCUUCGUUCCUUCUCAAGUUUCCCCUGUAAUUGCCAAUACAACUUAUUUUUCUUGUUUGUUCCUUCUCCCUUUACUUUUGUUGUCCCUUCAUUUGUACUUGGAGUUUUUCUCAUGUAAAUUUGUACAAUGGGAAAUAUUGUCCAGUUUGGUUAGAGAGCAUGGAGACUUAAAACAUAUUAAAAUUUGAUAGCUGAAUUCAGAUUGAAGAAAACUAUUUCAGUGUAAAGUUAUUUAAAGAACUCUGUAUUAUAUGAAAGGCAAAAAGUUCUAUGUACUUGAUGUGAAUAUGAGAAUACUGCUAUAAUAAAGAUUGACUGCAUGGAAAAGUCUGAAGGAGA